AUGCAUCCGCAGACGACCGAAGUCGAACUCACGUCUUCUGGCGCAAAAAGCGAGCGCGCUGACCACUCGGCCACCACUGCAGAUGAAGUAAGCUGUUUCUUUUGGGGAGGCUAUUCGCUCAUUUCGGCUAAACUUUGCGGCCGAUUUUCUCGGCCGAGAAGCCCCGUAAACACUUUUGGAAAUCAGUUUUAUGAUCGCAGACGCUUCACGUUUGAAACCUACUAGGUCCCGUUCCAAAGUCCGUCUGCGAAAAAAGUGACUUCCCUUGUAAGACUACAAUCAGAACGGCGUCUCCAGAUCGAAUAUUUAUUUUCUCAAUUUAUUUUUAUCUGGCCAGAAAUCCGUGGCCGAAGAACAAAGAAAUGUUCGAAACCGACGAAAAAGAUUUGUAUAUUCUCUUAUACUCUCCAGGCACAUCCAAUAAAAAAUAAUACUGCGCAAACGCAACAAACUUUACACAACUUUUAUCUUUGCACUCUGACGGCUCAGAAAAAAAACGCGCAGAAAUUGGAUUUGGGUAUGAGUCCGAAUUAUGGAUUCCUCAGGGCCUGAGGCACGGCGAAUACUUAAUUCAGAUACGGGCAAGACUGGUUGAAUAAGUCCUGGCCAGAUUUUUUGAUGUGUGAUAAACCAAAAAAAAAAUAAUAGCUUUAAUAAAUGAAUAUUUUUUGAAGUUCACUGUUAACUACAACGCCAAAGAAUAAUGUAAUAAUAAUCAAGCCUCCGCCGAACCCCGGCCGAGUAAAAAUGAAUUUUUUUUUGAUUUUUUGAAGAGUUGUGAAUUUUAGGGGUUUUCGAUGAUGUUGAUUUUUACUUUACUCUGUAAAGUAAAAAAAAUUUAAGCAUCAAACAAUUGGAUACUAUUUUCGGAUUUUUGUUUGAUACCAAACAAAAUUUCAGUCUUCAACUUGACGCCUCAGUCAAGUGUGAAAAUGCCGCCAUUUUCGUCAUGUCAAAUUGUUCUGUCAUUUUGACUGUCAAAUUUAACUUUUUUGAGAAAUAUUUGUACUUGUGUGAUUUUUGCUAAAAAAUCAUAAGAAUUUAAAAUUUUUAAGAACUAAAUUGCUACAUCUUGUCAAAACGACCGGCGAAAUAAGUAGAAAAACUAUUUACGGCUAAUAUUAACAGUAUUCAUAAUAGUCUAUGUUAAACCUCCUUUGAAAGCUUCGUAUAUCAGAAUAUUCAAUUCAGCCAAAAUGACGGAAAUGACGGCAAGUUGGCGCCAUUUUUAAUAAUUCUUCCAAAUUAACAACCCUAAAGAAACACACAGACUCUGAGGAUUCAGGGAAAAAUAAACUAAAACUUUGCCGAAAACUAAAAAAGUUGUGGCCAAUUCAAAUUGAGCUACAAAAAUGCCGCACCCUGUUCUUUUUUAAACAUAAAAUUGACGGCGCUACGGCUUUUCGGGUCAGGGACAGUUCGGGUCGGUCACCGACACUUCGGGUCAACGAUACAGUACUUAAAUAUUUAUAAAGAAUAUUUGUUCUGCACAGUAGUAUAUGUCUGUCUUUAAAUCGGGUUCUUCCCGUUUUCGGAUAAAAAUUGUCUUCAUAUUGUAAACUCUGUAAAGUAAAAUUACAAAAAUCAUGAAAAGUGAAUAUGAUUCUGAUAAUCAACACCAUUGAAAACCCAUAUAUUCUUAGAAAAAUUACAUUUUUACAUUAAUUUGUAUAUAGUCGCCGCAAAAAGUCUUUGGAAUUUUCUGCGACUCUGCACUGUGCGCGAACCCGAAAACACAUUUUGCACCGUGCAUCCGGCCCGAAAAGUGCUUUUGCACUGUGCAAUUUUGUUGAUUUUGCCUUAUUGUCGCGCGCGAUUCCCACUUUUCUCAGCGACAAAUCGACAUUUCGGAGUGCGACGGGAUUUGGGGGCCGCGAAAAAUUCCAAAGACUUUUUGCGCCGACUAUAAUAGAAUAAAAAUUUAAAUAUCAGAAGAAAUAGAUACAAUUUUUGAAAUCUCCACCAUCGAUUACAUAUAAAAAUGUACGUUGACCCGAAAGUCCGGACGCAAAAUUUAUUUUUGCAUGUACGAUUUUUUUUUCAAAAUUACAUUUUUUGUAGUUGACACUUUUCAUUAGAUUUUUGCUCUUAAAACAUUAGAAUCAUACUUUUUAUCGUUUUUAAACUUUUAAAAAAUGCCACAAGAAGGGGAGUGUUCGGCCUCAACCCGAAAAGUAGGGACGCGAUAUUUCUCAUCUAAUACAGGAUACGCGGUUUUAGAAACCUUGGAAAUUCCAUUGCUCAAAGCUAUAUAAAAAAUUUCCUUUGAUCAGUUAUUGCGAUUUCCUUUCUGGUGCCUCACAUAUUUUCUACAAAGAUUUAUCUUUUGUAACCAGAUUGUACCCAACACAGAAUGAAUAAAGUAUACAAAGUUAACUAAGUUUUUUGAGGAACAGAUGCGCCCACUUUUGGGUCCGAUGCUCAUUUCGAUUACCUGUUUUUUUCUUUUUUAGUCCAUCAAAUUGUGUCAGUCGGAUGAUUCAGACAGUUCUUUACCUUUUCCACAAAAUUAAUAUUCAGUGAGAGCAGAUAGAUCCCCAGAAGGUAUCCAAAGAGGCCGCCUGAGUGAUGCCACAUGCUCUUUUUAUGAUAACAGAUGGAUUCCACCUGCUUUGCGCGGUCUUCUGCCCACCUCGAGGCCGUAAAACGAUCGCAACACUCGAGCGAGGUCAUGAACUUAAAGGUCCCGGUAAUCCCAUUUAAGGCGGCAUCCCAAGAAAAGGCCACCGGAAGGGACAACACUUAUAAAACGGCCUUGCGCAAGGGAUCCGCGCUUAAUUACGAAGCCGAAAGGUGGGUCCGCGUUCGGCCGAUUCCGAUUUUAUUGGCCGCUGAAUAAGAUGACCUUCUUUUAAUAUUAUCGAGACUUUCUAUGCCUUCAUUUGCAUUCUUUCCAAGGUGAUUACAGCCAUUGGGAGUUGGGAUUACGGUAGGAAGUAUGGCGUGAGCAAGAUCAAAGGGAAAAAACAAGUCGACUCUUAAUUUGGGAGCGGGCGUUUAUCCGAAAUCAGAUUAGGGACCCUGGGGUCGGUCGUAUUGAGGGACAGGAAGGACUUUGUUAACAAUGCUGGCAUAAUGGCUGUCCGAGAUUCCGUGUCCGGCCCAACUACAGUGCCUUCUGAGACCGACGGAAGCGCUUUGUCGUGUUCUGGGGAUUCAGGUUUGUGAGCUAAUUGGGCAUUCAGACCGGCCAAGGGAUCUCUCUUUAUGCAUACGGUCUUGUUUUCCCGGUGCUCGUCUUCUCUCCAACUUAAGGCGUUAUGCAAAUGCGCGCCAUGUGUCCGGACGGAUCAGACGCGGCAUUCAUUCUUUUCCAUCGCCUUCUGGCCCUUUUCUUCGCGCAUCGGGGCCCGGUCGUCAUAAACGCGCCUCUCCCGAGACCUGAGAGUGGUGGAUUAAAAGUGCCGACCACCGUCUUGAAGAGCUUCCGUGGUUCCUGUCCCGCUGCCAACCACCUCAUCACUCACCAUCCCACCGAGUCCUUCAAUUUAUCAGUGCGAUGA